UAUUGUCAUUCGUUGUCAGCCCUGUCAGGGCGUCGGUUGGUUGUUUUUCUGUUUUCAAUUUUUAUUAUUAAACAUGGGAGUGGUUGGUGAUUCAUAGUUGGAUUUACAUUGAUUAAGCGGUGUUGUAUUCUCUUGAUUACUAUUAAAGUUUGGUUACAGUUAACCGUGUUUUAAAAAUGUCUUUAUUAAGUUAUCAUAAACUGUUUUUGGUACAAUUAUGUUAUUCGUUAUGUCGUGGCCAGAUGUCCGUGCUCCAGCAGUCGGAGUCUGUGGUGUGGUGCACGAUCGGCCGGGAGGAGCAGUGGAAGUGCGGCAACUUCUCCCAAGCCAUCGAGAGGGAUUUUGCCCUGUUCGGAUCCGCUGAGAUGCGACUGCAGUGUCUGCAGGCCGCCAGCAAGGAAGAGUGCAUGACGCACCUGGACAACGAGAUCGCGCACGUGACGAGCCUCGACGCGGGGGAAGUGUUCGUGGGAGGACGGUACCACAGCCUGGUGCCCAUCAUGCAGGAGCUGUACAACGAUAACCAGAGGUAUUACUACUCGGUCGCCGUGCUCAGGAAAUCUGCCAACGUCAGCAACAUACACUCGUUGAGGGAUUUGCGCGGGAAGAAAGCGUGCUUCUCCGGCGUGGGGACCUUGGCAGGCUGGGUCAUCCCUGUCCAUACGCUGAUGAAAGAUGGCGCCAUGGAGGUGAAAGAUUGCAACAAUCACGUGAAGUCGACCAUAAACUUCUUCGCUGAAAGUUGUGCCGUCAACUCCCUGAUAGACAAGUACAAUCCUCUAGGCGACAACUCGGACAAGCUGUGCAAGCUGUGCAUCGGGAAGAUCCCGGGCGGCCGCUGCACGCAGGCGGACCCGUACGCCGGCUUCGAGGGGGCCUUCCGCUGCCUGCUGGAGGCGGGCGACGUGGCGUUCCUCAAGCACACCACCGUCCAGGAGAUGACGGCCACCAGCGUCGACUUCAGUGGGGUGACCAGCGCGGACUUUGAGCUGCUCUGUCGCGACGGGACCCGGCGGCCGGUGGAGGACUACUUCAACUGCAACUGGGGGGCCGUGCCACCGCACGCCAUCGUCACCUCGUCAGCCAUGACGGUGGAGGACAGGCGGCGCUACCAGCGGUUCCUGGAGAAAGCAGUCCAGCUGUACGGCCAGGCCACCUUCCCCAACUUCAGGACGUCCCCCAGGCCGCGCGACCCUUACAGCCCGUACAACGGCAGCGAACAGUCGUACGCUCAGCCCAACUCGCCGCAGAACCCCCCAACGUACGAGUCCUUCCGGCUGUUCGAGUCGUCCCCCAAGUACGGCCUCAGGCACAACCUGCUGGUCCAGGACGUGGCCACGGGGCUCCUGUCCCUGGACGAGGGCCGCCAGACGUUCUCCGGCUACCUGGGGGCCUCGCUGGACCUGAUCCUGGACGUGCGUCGCUGCCCCGUGGGCCGGAUGACCCUGUGCGUGACCUCCGACCCCGAGAUGGAGAAGUGCAUCAAGAUGAGGAUUGCUCUUAAAGCUCAGUUGCUGAAGCCAGAAAUGAUAUGUUAUAAAGGACACAGUCAAAUCCACUGCAUGCAAGCCAUCAAGAAUGGCGACGCGGACGUGGCAGUGUUCGACGCGGGAGACGUGUACACGGCGGGCUUGCAGUACGACCUGGUGCCGUUCAUCUCGGAGGUGUACAACCUGGAGACCCCGGAGUACUACGUCGUGGCCGUGGCGAAGGAGGAGGAUCCGUCCACGGAGAUCACCUACCUGAAGGGCAAAUACACCUGCCACACGGGCAUCAACACAGCCGCCGGCUGGAUCAUCCCCAUGGCCUACCUCAUCUCCAACGGCUGGAUCCGGAGCUACGGCUGCAACUCGGUCCGCGCCGCGGCCGAGUACUUCACCAAGUCCUGCGUGCCCGGCGCGCUCAGCUCCGAGUACAACACGGACAUCCCGUACGAGAACAUGUGCCACCUGUGCCACGGCCCCAGCUACCGCUACUGCCGGCGCGAUGCCUCCGAGGACUUCUACGGCUACACGGGAGCGUUCCGGUGCCUGGUGGAAGGCGGCGGGCACGUGGCGUUCGUGAAGCACACGACCGUGAUGGAGAACACGGACGGCAAGCGGCGGGAGUGGUGGGCCCGCAACACGCUCACCGACGACUACGAGCUGCUCUGCCCCGACGGAACGCGCGCGACCGUGCACGAGUACAAGCGCUGCAGCCUGGGCAAGGUGAAGGCCAACGCCAUCGUCACGAGAGGAGGCUACGCGUACAAUCUGACGGAAAUGAACGCGUACAUCAACCUGUUCACGUACGCUCAGCAGUUGUACGGGCGCAAAGAUCCUGACGAGUUCAGUUUCAGCAUGUUCUACUCGGUGCCGCCGUACAGCGACCUCAUCUUCCAAGAUGCCACCCAGAAGCUGGAGAUCGUCGCGCCGGAGCAGCGCUCGUACGGGGCGUACCUCGGCGGGGACUUCAUGCGCGCGCGCAGGAUCGUGGACUGCCACGCGGGGGUGGCCUCCGUCCGGCUGUCCGUCGCGGGCACGCUUCUCACGGCCGCCCUCGCCGUCCUCUUGGGCCGCGGCGUGCUGUGAGCGCAUCGCAAACCCGCUUCAACCCGAGCUUACAUUUAGAUGUUGUAUUAAAAUCUUACCUGAAAUUUUUAACAGGUAAGUGAAGUCAAGUAAACUAAUAGGGUCAUGUUUGAAUGGGUUCGAGAAAGCUUUCUUUAAAAUACACUGCAAUACAAUUUUGUAUGGUGCAAAAGAAAAUAGCUAGGCAGUUAAUGUAUUAAGUUAGUAAUGUGGUUUUUUUUUUAUUUAUUUAUUUUUUUAAUGGUUUCUUCUUCUACAUAUUAAUAUCAUACUGGAUUUAGGUAAACUUUCAAACCAUUGUUGUUGUUCAAUAUGCUAAUGAAUGAUAGAUCGCUAACCUCCUUGCUGUUACGAAAGCCGAUGGUUAAAAACAUGUAAGUGGGCUCGGCGAGUAGUCGCAGUGUCGUGGACCUGUUAGUCUACUCUGACCUCGUUGGGGUGACGUGCGGAUAGGUGACCCUAGAAGAAAAUUUUGUGACAGUUCUGCAUUUAGCCUGUGCCUUCGUGUGUGAAGUGAAUGACUAGUGCACAGUUCAGCGUCGCUGUCCAAGUGCAGCGUAGCUCGUGAGGUGAAUGCUUGUUGCAACGCAGCGAAGUCUUGUGGCUCUGAAGAGUGUCUUUGUUGGUUGAAUUCCCCCAAUCAGUCUGAGGACAUUUCAGCAACAGUCUGCCUUAGAAUGGACCAUUAUUGUUUAGUUGAAUUCGUGGUAAAAAAAAAAAUAUGUCAAUUGAAGAAAGAGAAGAAUUUGUUGUAUUAGAUAUUACUUGCACAAGAAUUUUAUGGUUUUAAAGGCAUCAAUUUACCAUUUUAAUAAUAAUAAUAAUAAUAGUUUUAGUUUAAUAAAUAGUAAUGAACUCGUAUAGAUUUAUAAAAUUUUUAAAUUUUAACAUAGUUUGUGAAGCCUAGCCUUAAUGUGCCUGGUGUGCAUUAGUUCUCCAUUAGAGGUAGUCAGGGAAAGAUUCUGGAGAAUACAAACACAGGGUCAGUGAGUUGAACAAUCCUCAACCAGUGAAGUGAUUCAGGUGGUGUGAUAUUGCUGCUUGUACGAUACAAAAGUUGUGCCUUAGUACGUCAUUACAUUCCUGGUUUUGUAGUGGAACCACAUAUAAAUAUAUUUAUGAAGUUAUUGGUGAAAAUGCAUUCGUACGUGAAUUAAUCUAAUACAUUUUCUGUACAUUAUAAAUGCUGUAAUUAAAUAUAAUGUGUAAUCUUUUGUGUAACUAUACUGCAUGCACAGUGGUAUAGAUUUUGCAAUUUAAUCAUUUCUGCUGUUGACUCCAUAUGUUUAAAGUUCAUACACUGGUAGACAGUUCACACCAAAAGCAGCAUGUUAAAAACACUGGAUCUUUGGUCAAUAUUUUUAGUUUUUUCACAAUGGUAGCAUUAUGUGGUCUGCACAGUAUUAGUACAUAGUAUUUUCUGAUGAUUAUUAAUAGCAUAAUAAUUAUUAUAUAUUUAUACUUAACAGUUAAGGGUUAAUUUUGUCCACAUAGACAUAUAUUUGACUGCCUAUAUUCACUGUAUCAUAGGCCAUUAGCCCAUUAGUGUUGGAAUGUGAUUAUUAUAAAUAUUGUGGUAUGAUUUAGUAGAACGAUUAGCUGUUUUAGGAUUCUGAUUCAUAAUGCUUACAUGUAUGUUUUUCUUGGUAUUUAUAUAAAAGUUUUGCAGACAAUAUAUAACGUCUUAAUUAAAGAAACCCCCAAUCACAUAUUUAGUUAUAAAAUAGACUUAAUGGAAAAGUAAUAUGUCUGUACAAUAGGGUUCAGAACCGGGAUAUCCCAGUAUUUCAGGAUCGGGAAUUCCCGGUACUUGUGAUGUAGUAAACAACCAGGAAUUUAAAAUCAAAUUCUGGUUCUUUGGGUACUUUCAGGACUCUUCAUCGACAGCAUAGAAUUUAGUUUUUAUUGCCCGCUAAGGUUAUUCUAGCUUGCUGCUGUCUGGUGAGGCAAACAUGCGGGGGGUGAGGGGGGUGGUCUGAGCUUCUCAGCAAUUGGUGUGCCUGUGGUGGUCCAAUCCAACCAGAGUUAUUUAAAUAACGAUAUCAUUGCUUUCAAGUUACUGAAAAGAAGAAAUGUUAUUUCAAGUUAAUAAGUCUAUGAUUUUCCAUGAUUUAACACAAUUUUUUUUUUCUUUCCAAAGUUAAAGAUUGACAGUAAGACUGAGAAUAAAGUGAUUUGUUCACGUUAGUAGGUUAUUUCUUUGUCACAAAUGUUUUAUCUUUUUACUUUUGGUCACUGAAACUUGUUUAAUCAUUCAGAACUAACUAUUACUACUUCAAUCACAAACUGCUGCACCACUGAUAUUAAAAAAAAAAAUACCUAGUACCGAAAGGAAUGGAAUUCUCUGUUGCGUUGCUGACCAGUGCUGAAAUUCCCGGUUCUGGAAAUCGUUUACGGUUCAGAAUAUACAACACUUACACAGUCUUGCACUUUUUAACAUUUUACAUGUUAAAAAGAAGGCUUUUAUUACAGGACUUAGCAUUGUGAGAAUUUGAAUUUUGCGGCAAAAAAAAAGAUUUUGUUUACUCAUCCUGCAAUAAACAUCUUUCAGCAUCACUCUGUAUGUACACUCAAGCACAUACAUACUUAAUGCAACUGCCUCAGGAUUUGAUGCGUACUCAAGUGCAUUUUUCACAUGCACUGAGAGCACAUUGUACUCAAGUUUUCUGUGAUCUGAUAAGAAUCUCUAUCGUUUUCCGUCCAUUGUCAUCCUUGUUACAAAUGUAAAACUCAAGUGUUUGUGUUAUAAUCUAUUUGAGAUGUACUGUAUUUUUUUUUAAUCAAGUUUGUUAGUGGGAACCAUUUUAAUUGUUUAUACUUAUGAGCUUGUAAUUUCUGUAAUAGUUAUAUGUAGAAGAUUUGAAAUUAUUAAUGUCCAAUGCUCACCAUAUAAUUAUACUCAAUGCUGUCAUAGUUGUUUGUAAUAUAACUGUCUGGUAAUUUUUUGAAAACUAUAAAAUUAGUAAUUAGUAAUUUUUAAGAUAUGCCAACAGAUAAUCUCGUAUAAAUUCAUAUUUAAUAUAAUUACAGGAUUAACAAAGUUUAUUAACUCACAAAAACGUAUUGAACAUUUAUUUGGUAUUGUAUUAUAUUUCAUUUCACAUAUUAUUAGAAACAAAAUUACUAUAUGGUUAAUUGUGAUAAAAUCAAAAUAACACCGUGAAGCAUAUCAAAACACCAUAUAACAUCGAAGUGCAAGUUGUAUCAUGGAAUUAAGGAGCAUUUAAUCAAAGCUCAAUUCAAAUCAUAGAAAAAGUUAUCUCUUAAUGUUUGAAAUUCAAGGAAUGUCGUUAUUUCUGGACAAAAACUUGUACCAAAGUGCAUUGAUCAAACAAACUAAAAUAAUUUGUUUUAUUCUGAAUGUAUCUGGUUUAGACGUAUUUGUUAAAAUUGUUUUAUCGUAAAAAUGCAGCACAUAAAUUUUGCCAUUAAUUUGGUGGAGUAAGAAUUACCAAUACAGCUUUUAUAAAAAUAACAACCAUCCUGAAAUUCCUCAAUUUUAAAAAUGGAAUUGGAAUAAAAAUAAAACUAUAAAAUCUUGGUUCUACAUAUUAUAUAUAAAAUAUAAACAGUAACUCUAUGCUAUAAAAUGUUAUAAAUAGGUUUAUUAAAAUUUCCUGAAAAAUUCCUGAAAUUGGUUAACCAGAUAUUGUUAACACCCUGAAUUACAAUUAAAUUAACUAUUUAUUUUCUGAUCUUUAUAAGCUGCCUUGCUUUUAUUGUCAGUUCAGUAUAAACUACUUUCAUUAUAAAAUACUAACUGUGAGGGUUUGAUAUGAGCCAUCACUAGUAAUAUGUUGUCUUUGACUUUUUUCAGCUUAUUUUCUGUCACAUGCUCUAAUUGUGUGUAUCUUUAGGGGCAUUGGGCAGUUACGUGUCUGUUGUACUUUGAUACGUGGUCCUUACUACCCCUUCCAUACUCUCUACAUUUAAGUCUAUCAACUUUUUCACUUGCCUUUAGGUUUUCGGCUUUCGCAAGUCACUAUAAAUAUGGGAGAUAUCAUGGUUGUGAAUAUUGUCUUUGCUAUGACAUGAGUUUUGAAAGAAAGAAAAAUGCUGUUAUGCAAAAUUAUUAAGGUGCAUUCAGUUUUAUUCUUUUGACUACAAAAUUCUCAAUUUCUUUUUAUUAUUAUGAAAUUAUUGAAUGUGCAUAUUUUAAUCACAAUUUACUUAAAACUUUAUUUCCCAUACAUCUAAUGCAUUUUUCUUCACAAGUGCUGCUUGGUUUGAUCGUGUGACAAUUAAACCUCUGUUGUUGCCAUGCAAAUGUUCAAACUGUAUUUGUAUGUUUUUGCAUGGAAAUUUUUUAUUUAAAAUUUUGAUGACAUUGAUGUGCUUUGUGAAAUUGUGAAACAAUAUCCGUCCAAUUUUUAAGUGUUAAAAGUUAUUUUAUACAUUUACAUUCCUUAAAUGAAAAGCAAUGUUGGUUCAUUUUGAAUGACUUGUGUUUAUGUUGUGAUUUCUAUCUGAUUGUAUGCUGAAAAAAAGCAUUUUGUUGUAUCAUAAACUGUAUUUUUCUAUCAAUCAUAGUUGUUCAAUAAAAAUUUUAUACUCUU